GUCUGGACCACUAUCGGGAUCAUAUUUCUUCCACAUAAAUUCCAUAUUUUUUCCUCGUCCACAACCACAGCCUAUUGGAACAACAACACCCAUGCGAUGGCCUGAGUCUAUGGAACACUUGUGUUGAACUUUUGUGAGUUUCUGUUGGGAAUUAUCGCCAUUAUGAAGUGAUUAUAUCUGGAAUUUUACUCCGCUCACGGGAAAAGAAAAGUUAAGAACUGAAGCAGUCCCGUUUGGGUCUUCCAUACUCCGUCACCAUGUCAGACUCCGUGUCCGUGGCCGGGUCUUCAGUGGCCGGGUCGACCGGAGCUAGCAGCGUGUCGUCCGGGUCCGCUGUGGGGCCACCACCGGGCAGCGCCGGGGGUAGUACUGGUCCUCAACAGGGACUAGGGACCAAUGGACGGUUGCUCAUGUUAUGUAUGCGUGGAGAGUGGGGAAGUAUUGAAUCUAUUCUUAGGAAUGCAGAGAAGGGAGACCCUGAAAUAAACAGAGCUGAUGAGGAGACAGGAAUUACAUCAUUCAUGCUAGCCGCAAAGGAUAACAAAAUAGUGAUCUCAGAAAGACUGUAUGAACUCGGAGCACACAUCAACACAAAAGCAAAGGAUGGACGGACGGCUCUUCAUUUUGCGGCGGCCUCGGCGAAGGAUGAGAUGACCAAACUACUCCUCGCUAAGAAAGUUGACUCCUCAGCAGUGGGUGGGCCUGACAGCCAGAUGGCAAUCCACAUGGCAUCAGGGAGGACUAGUGGUGGACUGCUGCAAGUACAGCUACUGCUCAAGAGCUCUGGAAAGGAUGCCAGGCUAGUUAAAGAUGCUAAUGGUUGCAUCCCCCUCUUCCUUGCCGUUGAGGCAGGGAACAUGUCCGUUGCUCGAGAGCUUCUAACCCACCAGCGGGAGGAACAACUGAAGGCGGUCCGCACGGAUAACGGUGAAACUCCUCUCCAUGUUGCCUGUAGGAAGAAGGAUGUAGACAUCUGUAAGAUGCUUGUGGAUUGCGGAGCAAACGUCAACAUAAAAAAUGAAGAAGGCCAUACUCCGCUUCACAUCGCUGCAUGGGCGGGGGAGGAACUAAUAUUAAAAACACUCUACUUGGCCAAAGCAGAUGCAAAUAUAUUGGAUAAGUUUGAUCGUUCACCUCUCCACAUCGCUGCUGAGAAUGGCAACACAGGGACAGUGGAGUUACUGGUGGAUAAAUUCAAGGCCAACGUAUCGGCAAGGACUAAGGACGGCAGUACCUUGAUGCACGUUGCGUCCCAGUAUGGUCACCCUGAGACUGCCCUAAUGUUCCUUAAGAAAGGCGUACCACUUCACAUGCCGAACAAGGCGGGUGCCGUUUGUCUACAUGCAGCAGCCAAGCGAGGUCACGUAGCAGUGGUCAAGUCUCUACUUACUAAGGGUUCCCUAGUUGAUGCAACUACAAAGGAUAACUACACAGCAUUACACAUUGCAGUUCAGCAUUGCAAGCCACUAGUAGUACAGACACUGUUGGGGCAUGGGGCACAAGUGCAACUCAAAGGAGGGAAGGCGGAGGAAACUCCAUUACAUAUAGCGGCACGCAUCAAGGAGGGGGAGAAAGUAGCAGAGAUGCUCUUGAAGAGCGGGGCAGAGGUCAACGCAGUCAUGGGGAAUGGCGAGACAGCUAUGCACACAGCGGCUAGGCACGGUCAUCUACUCAUGGUACAAGCGUUAUUGGAGGAAGGAGGGGAUCCUGUCUGCCAGUCUAAGUCAGCAGAAAAUCCUCUCCACAUUGCAGUCCGCCACGCUCACUUCCCGAUAGUCAAAGAGAUCCUUCAGUUUCUACACAAUGAGAUGUCCAGAUUGGAUGCUGUCAUGGCUGUCAAUGAACAGAGCUCGGAGGGCGAGACACCACUUCACUACGCUGCUGAGAUUACCAAAGAGAUGAUUCACUACCCUACUGAAGAUACCGAUAUCAUGGACUUAUUGCUACAGUAUGAUGCAGACAUUAACCUAGUCACCAAGCUGACUCAAGAAUCAUCUCUCCACUACUGCGCCCGGGCCGGCAAUAAUGACAUCAUGAUCAAGAUGAUCAACCACCUCGGCCCUAACCGAACACAGCUAGCUGUCAACAGACAGAGCAAGAACGGUUGGUCUCCACUGUUGGUUGCUAGCGAAGAAGGCCAUGUUAAAAUCGUCAAACUGUUACUACAGAGCAACGCAAGAGUUGAUGUAUUUGAUGAACAUGGCAAAGCAGCCCUUCAUCUUGCCUCGGAGAACGGUCACAAAGAAGUUGCAGAUAUCCUGCUGUGGCAUAAGGCAUUUGUUAACGCCAAGUCAAAGUUGGGCAUCACACCCCUUCACCUAGCGGCCCAGAAUGGUCACAAUGAUCUCAUUAAACUACUUGUCUCCACACACAGUGCAACCAUCGAUGCCUUGUCACUGGCUAAGAAGACGCCUCUACACCAAGCAGCUCAAAAUGGCCAACUCGAAGUCUGUGAGACCAUGCUGCAACUGAAGGCGGACUCCAACGCCACGGACAUGCAUGGACAGACUCCGUUACAUCUGGCAGCCAAGAAUGAUCAUGCAGACAUUGUCAAGCUGUUCCUGAAGCACAAACCAGAACUCGUCACAAUGGCCAACUCGGAUGGAUCUACGUGUGGUCACAUCGCUGCAUCUAAGGGUAGUGUUGCUGUCAUCAAGGAGCUGCUAAGAUUCAAUAAGAUCGGCGUCUGUACUGCAAAAAAUAAGACAAAUGACUCCACUGCUUUGCAUUUAGCUGCUGGAGGAGGCCACCAGGAAGUUGUGUCCGUUCUUAUCAAUAACGGAGCAUCAGCAACAGAAGAAAAUGCUGAUGGGAUGACGGCAAUCCACCUCGCCGCUAAGAACGGUCAUGUGCCAGUCCUGGACGCCCUCAAGGGUAAAGUAUCCUGGAAGGCGCCCAGCGUCAAGACAGGUCUGACUGCCCUCCACAUCGCCGCUCACUACGGUCAGAGUGACUUUGUCCGUGAGAUGCUGACCAAGGUGCCUGCUACGGUACGGAGUGAGCCCCCGGCCUCAAUGCCAGGGGACCUGAAAGAGAUCUCAGUACAUGAUUAUGGCUUGACACCUUUGCAUCUGGCCUCACAGUCUGGCCAUGAGGGUCUGGUACGGUUAUUGCUCAACUUCCCUGGUGUUCAACCAGACAUGCCGACACAGGAACUGGGAACUAUCCCACUGCAUCUAGCGUCGCAAAGUGGACACACGGCGGUCGUUGGUCUUCUCCUCAGCAAGUCAACCACACAGUUGCACGUCAAGGACAAGCGAGGGCGCACUGGCCUCCAUCUGGCCGCAGCGAACGGCCACUAUGAUAUGGUGUCUCUGUUACUAGGUCAGGGGUCGGAUAUUAACUCCUUCGAUAAGAAUGGAUGGACUCCGCUUCAUUUCGCCUCCAAGGCUGGCUUCCUCAACGUGGUCACGCUAUUAAUAGAAAGCGGAGCAUCACCAAAGUUUGAAACAAAGGAUGGUCGCGUAGCGAUCUGUUACGCAGCCAUGGCCAAUCAUCUUGCUGUACUCAGCUUUCUGAUGAAGAAAGAUCAUAACACGCAGCACCUCAUGGAAGACAGAAAGUUUGUCUUUGACUUGAUGGUCUGUGGUCGCUACAACAACAAUGAGUCCAUCCAGGAAUUUAUUCUUCGCUCCCCCGCCCCUAUCGACACAGCUGCAAAACUCUCCAAGAACUUUCGUGUGCAGUCGACGCGAGAGAAAGAGAGAGCGCGGGACCUGACCGAGGCAGGUACCUUUUGCGAAUGCAUGGCGGUGGAUCUGCUGUCGGUGUCGGCGAGCACAAGUUCGGCCGGUCACCUUCUGAGAUCGGUGGACAGCCGGGGGAUUGCGUUCUUGGACAUUCUAAUCGAGUGCGAGGAGAAGGAAGUUGUGGCGCAUCCGUCAGUGCAGCGCUACCUCUCGGAUCUCUGGAUGGGGAGUCUGACGUGGGCCUCCUGGAAGAUCUUUCUCCUCUUCCUGGUGUUCAUCAUCCUCCCCCCGAUCUGGGUCUUCUUCUCCUUGCCGCUCAAGUGUCGCUUCAACAAACUACCCAUCAUCAAAUUCAUGGGUUACCUCGUGUCGCAUAUUUACCUGAUCGCACUGCUGUGUCUUACGACGGUUGUAACGCCAUUCAUCGAAGCUUUCAUCCUGUCGGAGUCGCUGGUUCCCAGUUGGUAUGAGUGGCUGCUACUUGCAUGGUUGACAGGAAUGUUAAUCUCGGAGAUCACGAACCCCGGGGACAGACAGGGUCUUGGGUGGAUACGUGUGAUCAUACUCGCAUUCUCCGCGGUGGCCUGCGUGAUACAUAUUAUCGCCAUACCGUUCACCGGCACCACACGGUUAAACCUGAUCUAUGCUCGGAACCAGCUCUUUGCCUGGUGUCUGCUUUUCUCGUUCGCCGCUCUACUGGAGUUUCUUUCCUUCCACCACCUUUUCGGACCGUGGGCUAUCAUCAUCCGAGACCUCAUGAAGGAUUUGAUGAGAUUCAUGGUCAUCCUGCUUAUAUUCCUGGUCGGUUUCAUGUUGCAUCUCUCCGCCGUUUACCAGCCAGUGUAUAAAAUCGACCCAGACGCCAACGUGAACGACACGACGAUUCAGACCCCGGUCGACACAUUCAAUAUUCUCUUCUUCUCGCUCUUUGGACUCGUGGAACCGAACGACCUACCGGGCACCAAUCGCAAUCCAGCCUUCACCACAAUUCUGAUCAAGAUUGUGUUUGGCACGUACCUCAUCGUCACGUUGAUUGUUCUGAUCAAUUUACUGAUCGCUAUGAUGAGUGACACGUACCAGCGUAUCCAGGCUCAGUCCGACGUGGAGUGGAAGUUCGGCCGAGCCAAGCUGAUCCGUAAAAUGAAUAAGUCGUCAGCAACACCUGCGCCACUCAAUAUCUUCACCAAGCUCGCCACUUACUGCAAGGCGGCGUAUAAACACAAAGGUAAAGUUUGUAGCGCUCAGGCUCGAGAUUACAUCAAUGACAAUGAGGAGGAUGCUGCAUCAGAUGCUCGCUCCAUCGACCCUUUCGGCCAGGGUAACUGGCUCAGGAAUGUCGUCAGAAGAAACACACAAGUGGCACCGGAUGGUGGCUUUCUCCGUGCAGGAAACGGGAACGGUCCAAUCCGGAUCGAGGAGGUACUGGACUGGGAUAAAGUGGUGCGUCGUUACCUCGUCAUUAAGGGUCUUGAGGAAGACGUUAAAGAAGAUGACGACCCUGGGGGAGAAGAUGUACAGACGCAUCAGAAUAGUAACGCCAAGAGCGACGGAAUGAAGACAACAAAUCAUUUAGUCUGAGGGUGAUGGGGCAGGACCGAUAUUUCACGAAGCCAACCAAGGCAAUUGCCUCCAUGCCCCCUAGUCAUUGCCUUGGUGCCCUUGAAAUGCU